AUGAGAAUCAAUUAUCAUUGCUUCAGUAAUUCUCUCAGUCGAAUGUCGCCAACUACAAAACUCAAAAGAACAUACUCACUACUGGUCGAUUCAGAUAUAACUAUAAAAUUUCUGUUACCCAAUGGAAUUAUAGUAUCGCUUACGCUAAAUUCUGAAUUGACACUCGAGGAGGUGAAAACACAAUUGUGGAUUUCAGCAGCUAAAUUACCAUUAUUUGAUAUAUUACAAUCCAAGAGUGACUAUAUAUUUGUUGGUAUCAACCGUGAAACUGGUGAUAAAGAAGAAUUUUAUGAUCAAAGCCGUCGACUUCAUGAACUGCCACUACUUUUGCCCUACUUACGUGUUAUUGAAGCUGCUAGAGAUAGUGCGCUUUUAGAAAUCAAUACUAGAAAUGCUGCAAUUGCAAGUUGUACAAGUAUCCCGCAUACAGACAUAGUUCGAGCUUGUCGAACAAAUUCUGAAGUGAAAUGGGCUAGAUCACGUUUGUUAAAUCUGUCUAAUAUGCAUAGAAAGUUAUUAAAGCAAACUGGUUCCUAUGGUUUAAUACGUUAUUUAACCUCAGCUAGUAAACGUGAACUAUGUCAAUCAUUGAAAAUACUCUUACAAAAGUUAACACAUCUCACUAUUACAGCAUGGGUGUUAAAUGGUAAAAAUCCACCGAAAAAAUGUUGUAUACUUAUUGAAUUAGAUAAAAAAGCCACUGUAUAUCAUGCAUUGAAUGAAAUUUUAUAUUCACAAACAGAAUUAGCUAAACAAGAUUGUCAAAUGGACCACAAUAAUAAUGAUAAUAGUAAUAAUAAUAAUAGUAGUAGUAAUAAUAAUAAUAUCAUAGAUUAUGGUUUACCGGAUGCUUCAAAUUAUUUAUUGAAAAUAUGCUGUUCCCAAGCCUAUCUAUUCGAUCCAAAUGAAUUACUUAUAAAUUAUGAAUAUAUACAACAAUGUAUUGAACAAUAUAAAUAUCCAUGUUUAAGUCCAAUAUUAAUAAAAGAUAUUAAACAAAGUUUAAAUUAUUCACUUAAUGAAUAUAAUUUAAAUCCAAUGUGUAAGUUAAGUAAUGAUGAAGAGAAUUGGUUAGUAUCGUCUAACUCUUUGAUAGAUAACUCCAACACCAAUAAUAAUAAUAAUAAUAAUAAUAAUAAUAAUAAUAAUUCAUCUGAUGUAUAUGAGAAUUUUGAACGAUUUUUAAAAAACUAUGAUAAGACUGAUAUUGAUCAUUGUAAAGAGGAUAUUGAGGCUGAGACAUCUGAUCAUUCAGUAUCAGUUGACUUCAAUGAUUACGAUGAUGUACCAACUGAUGAUAUAAUCAGCUUCAAUGAUAUGAUGAUUAAUACAUCUAAGAAUUCUUCUUUAAAAAAUACUGAUGAUAAAUUGAAGAAAUCAAACCUUCAGCUAGAAACAUCAUGUCAACAGCAACAACAACAACAGCAAAGACAAGAACAAGAACAAAUUGUAUCCCUUUGGGAAUUGAAUGGAUUUUUAAGUAUACAAGUUCGUUCAGCACAUUUUCUUGUUGAAAAUGUUACCAAUUCAAAUAUUUCAUCAAUAUCGAGUACAUCACACACAUUAGCAACAAUGUCAUCAGCAUCAAUGAAUCAGUCUAGUUCUAGUUUGAAUUCAGUUGUACAACAUACGAAUAUAAACGGUGCAACUGCAUUAGAUGGAAGUUAUGUUGUACGCGUUGGAAUAUUUCAUGGGAGCCAAUUUUUAAUUGAAUGUCAGACAACUAAAGAAAAACCUGGAAAUUAUCUAACAUGGCGUGAAUGGCUUAAUUUUCAUGUACUAUUGGCUGAUAUACCUAGUGCUGCUCGUAUUUGUGUUGCUCUUAUACGCAUCAGAAAAAUUAUUGAUAGAAAGAAUGUUAAAAUUUGUGAAUAUCCAUAUGGUUGGGCAAAUAUAAAUUUAUUUGAUCAUAAUGGAUUCAUGGUUACCGAUAUGAUUACUUUGAAUUUAUGGCCACCAUCCUUAGUACAAACAGCUGAUGAAAGUCUUUAUCCUUGUGGUACUGUUUUAGGCAAUCCAAAUCCUGAAUUUACAGUACAAAUUAAAAUUAAUAAUCCUAUCCAAGGUCGUAUUCGUCGACCAACAGUCACUUCAUUUAUUAACCCCUACCAACGAAAAGAAUUCCCUUCAGAAGGUGGUCGUCUUCUAAGAUUACAUAACAACGAUGGCAUUAAUAUCAGUGAUAAUAAAAAUAGCAAUGCAAAAGUGAACAAUUCUUUUUGUACAGAAGAAGCUUGUCUACCAAUACGAUCUAAUAUUACAAAACCUCUUGUAGAUCUAUCAACAACACCAGCGGAUUUCAAUUCUUUACAUUCACAAAUUAACAAAUCUACUAAUCUUGUUAUAAGUAGUAAUAAUUCACCUUCUACUAUUAAUGAAUUAGCUAGUAAACUAUUAGAGUCAAGACUACGUGAAAUAGUUAAUCGUGAUCCAUUAUAUGAAUUAUGUGAACAAGAUAAAGAUUAUCUAUGGCGUGGACGUUAUUGGUGUUUAAAAAAUCUACCCAAUGCAUUACCAUGGAUAUGUCAAGUUGUCAAUUGGUCUGACAGUCGUGAUAUUUUAACAGAAUUUUAUACGCUUAUAAGUCAAUGGCCGCAUCCAUUCGAUGUUGGUACAGCUCUACAAUUAUUAGGUGCAUUUGAUUUAACACGAAAUAAUUCGAAUAGUAUAAGUUCAACAAGUGGUUAUAAAACUGGAGCUAGUGGAAUAGCUGAUGCGUAUAUACGUGAACUGGCUGUAAAUAGCUUAUAUCAUCUUAGUGAUGCUGAAUUAAAUGAUUAUCUAUUACAAUUAGUUCAGGCGCUUAAAGCUGAAGCAUAUUUGGACAAUGCGUUAACGCGUUUUAUUUUAUAUCGUGCAUUGAGAAAUCCUCUACAAAUUGGUUUACAAUUCUUUUGGCAUUUACGCUCUGAACUUCAUCUACCAGAUAUAAGACUUCGAUUUGGUCUGAUUUUAGAAGCUUUUUGUCGUGGUUGUGGACCAUUAUUAGUUUUACUAUCUCGUCAAGUGACUGCUCUUAAUCGUUUAGAAGCGUUGAGUACACGUGUCAAAGAAUUAACUAAUGAAGAUGAACAACGUGAACGUUUUCGUGAAGAAAUUACUCGACCCGAGACAUUGCAUGAUCUUCAAUGGUUACCAUCUCCAUUGUGUUUAAGUCAAAUUUUAGGUGAAUUAGUAAUUGAUAAAUGUGAUAUUAAACGAUCUAAAAAACGUCCUCUAUGGCUUGUAUGGACUAAUUCAGAUAGACUGGCAGAAUUUCAUCAUACACAUUAUCAAAUGAUAUUUAAACAUGGUGAUGAUCUUCGACAAGAUAUGCUUACUCUUCAAUUACUCAGAGUCAUGGAUCGUAUAUGGAAAGAAGAAGGUUAUGAAAUGGGAAUUAUUGAAGCUGUACGUGAUUCACGUACAGUUAUGUCAAUACAAGGUGAACGUUUACGUUCUGCUUUACAAAUUGAUUCAACACAAUUAUAUAAAUGGUUAUCACAACAUGCUAAACAAAGAGCAAGACAAAUGAAUCAAUCACCAUUUGGUGAAAAUUCUGUCUAUGAACGUAUGAUACGUACAUUUACUAUGUCAUGUGCUGGUUAUUGUAUUGCUACAUUUAUUUUAGGUAUACGUGAUAGACAUCCAGAUAAUAUAAUGGUUGAUUCAACUGGUCGAUUAUUUCAUAUUGAUUUUGGACAUAUAUUAGAUAAUCGUAAGAAAAAAUUUGGUAUUACACGUGAACGUGUACCAUUUGUAUUGACAAAAGAUUUUAUUACUGUAAUAGCACGUGGUAAUCCAGAUGCUGGUGCAACAAUGAUUACAACAACAGCAACAACAACUAGUACGAUAAUAAAUAGUAAUUUAACUGUGAACAGUACAAUAUCUGUUACUAACAGUAAUAGUAGUAUUAGUGGUACCGGUGCUGGUGGGGGUGGUAAUACUAAUCUUGCAUAUAAUAAUAUACAGUUUCAAGAAUUUACUGAUCUCUGUGGUAAAGCCUAUCUACUAUUACGUAAACAUUCAAAUCUUAUACUUACUUUGCUAGCUAUGAUGAUACCGUCUGGUCUGCCUGAGUUGACAUCAGUAUGUGAUUUAGAAUAUGUUAGAAAAACUUUAGCUGUUGAUAUUGACAAUGAAAAAGAAGCCCUGGAAUAUUUUCAUCAUAAGUUCAAUGAAGCGUAUUCCGGUGCAUGGACUACAAAAAUUGACUGGUUCUCCCAUUGGAUGAAUACAUAA